CCUCUGUCCCGGUAAAAGCUGACGGGGGAAAAGCUCGUCUACUUGUUUCGGUUAACCAGUAAAAAGUCUAUUGAAGUUGUCAGUGUUCCCAAAUAAAAUCAGGAAAAUAAAAAUUCCAGUGAAAGCGCCAUGAAAAAUCGCGUCUUUCUUCGCUUCAAAAUUUUAUCAUUCAAUUACAUCUUCAGUGAGAGUAUUUCGUUAAUUUAGUUAACUGAAACCCAUUAGUGAAAUUCGAGGAAUAAGUUCUCCCGAAGAAAGUCAAACAAAUUGUCCUUAAUGAGUAUUCGUAAUGAAUUUUCCAUCUGUCAAAAGUCGCCGCGUAUCGAUUGCAAAAUGGAAUGUCAACUCAGUUAGAUGUAUUUCGGAAUUAUAAAUAUUGAGAAAUCAACUAGAAAAGUUAUUUAACAGAAUGUCAAUUUUGAAUGGAACGCGAACAUCGAAACCAGUUUCUGUAGCUCGCCGAUUGUGGAACGAAGACAGAACGUGUCUGACAGUGGGGGAAAUUGGCCGACCUAAAGAAGCGUUGAAUCCUAGCGUAUCAGUACGCGACUGGUGACGGUUGCGUCAACUUGUAAAAUAAAAUUGAUAAAAAGUACCGCUUCAACCAGCGAAAAUGGUUUGUUGGAUCGCAAUUCUCCUCGUCCUCUACAUUUUCUUCGACGUCAACUACUUCCUGAGAAUAUUGCUGACAGUGGGAUGGGGAAGGCUCUUCCAGAAGAAGACGAAGAUCUUCGAUUCCACGUGUAUUUACGGGAUCUGCACCACUCAGGAUAUCGACCUAGUCCUGAGGCACAUGAAUAAUGCCCGGUACUUGAGAGAACUUGACUUUGCUCGAUUCCAUUACUACGAUCGAUCCGGGAUCUAUGGGGAAGUCAUGCGGCGAGGAGGUGGCGCCGUUCAGGGCGCCUCUUCCACACGAUAUCGCCGAGCUCUGGGUAUUUUAACUCCAUACAAGGUCACCACUAAGCUCAUCUACUGGGAAGACAAACAUUUUUACCUUGAGCACGAGUUCAUCAGUCUCACCGAUAACUUCAUCCGUGCGGUUGCAUUGAGCAAACAGACCGUCACCGGCCUCGAGGUCCCAGUUUCCGAGAUCAUUGCCAAGGUCGAGCCGGGAGUUCAACGACCCGAAUUAAACCCCGACCUCAAGUUGUGGAUGGAAUCCAUGGACGAGUCUUCCAAGAAGCUCAAGAAGCGGAAUUAAUCCUGGAUUCCUGUCACACCAAUUAUUCCAGCAUUUUGUAAUCAUAAUUCAUCCCUUUCGUCUUAUUAUUUAAUUCCCCCCCUUCAUUUCUGUUUCUCCGGGUUCAAAAGGGCUGUGAAAUAAAUCGGUGAAUACA